AUCCGGAAGUGACAUGCCUCAGAGGUCAAAUGCAUAAUGCAUGCAUAUCGUGUGUAACAUGCAAUGCGAAGGAAAACAACAAUGAACGUAAGGAGGUGACAAACAUCACAAUUUUUAUUACUUUUUCUUGCUCUCAGAUGAAAACAAGAUAAUACCUAAAUGUUGGAAAGUCAAUCAAACAUGCCGAAGAAGAGAAAACGGCCAGCGAUGAUCCGGACUUCUUCAAAACAGAGAAAAGAUGGUGGGAGAACGGGCAUUGGUGAACCAAGUCUGUACCACGCUCUCAUCAUCAUUUUCUUAGAAUUCUUCUCAUGGGGACUGUUAACAACCCCGAUGCUCACGGUGCUGCACGAGACAUUUCCAGAGCAUACCUUUUUAAUGAAUGGACUUGUCCAGGGUGUAAAGGGGUUUCUUGCAUUCCUUAGUGCCCCAAUGUUGGGGGCGCUGUCUGAUGUCUGGGGACGUAAAUCCUUUCUCCUGUUAACUGUGUUUUUUACCUGUAUGCCCAUUCCACUUAUGAAAAUUAGUGCCUGGUGGUUCUUUGCUAUGUUGUCAGUAUCGGGUGUAAUGUCAGUGACGUUCUCGUUAAUAUUUGCAUAUGUAGCAGACAUAACACCAGACUCGGAAAGAAGUUCAGCAUAUGGACUGGUUUCAGCGACAUUUGCAGCCAGUCUCAUCACAAGUCCAGCGUUAGGGACGUAUUUAGCCACGAUAUAUGGGGAUAGCUUUGUAGUAUUUCUUGCCACCGCAAUAGCCCUGUGCGAUGUUCUCUUCAUAUUAGUAGCCGUACCCGAAUCGUUACCCGAGAAGGUUCGAAGAGCAUCGUGGGGUGCUUCAAUAUCAUGGGAGCAGGCCGACCCAUUCACGUCACUUCGGAAAGCCGGCCAAGAUUACACCGUAUUAAUGUUAUGUAUAGCAGUAUUUUUAUCCUACCUACCUGAGGCAGGCCAGUACUCAUGUAUGUUCCUUUAUCUUAGGAUGGUCGGUGACUUUUCACCAGCGGAAGUUCCGGCAUAUAUAGCUUUAGUUGGAGUAUUAUCAGUAUUUACUCAAACAUUAUUAUUAGGAUUUUUAAUACGAAACCUGGGUCACAAGCACACGAUUAUGGUUGGUUUGACGUGCGAGAUGUUAGAACUGAUGUGGUAUGGUUUCGCCUCUCAGCAGUGGAUGAUGUGGGCUGCGGGGGUCAUCGCUAGCGUUUGCAGCAUCAACUUUCCAGCCAUCAGCGCCAUGAUAUCGCACUGUGCGGACCAAGAUAAACAAGGAGUGGUACAAGGUAUGGUAACAGGGAUACGCAGUCUGUGCACAGGACUAGGACCGGCUCUCUUCGGUGUCAUCUUCUAUUUCUUCAAUGUGAACCUAGAUAUUGAUGAUAAUACCGAUGAUAAAAAGGAGGAGGGUGUGAUGGAGAACCCCAUGCAAGAGAGCAUCAUGCCAGGACCACCGUUCGUCUUUGGCUCUCUUCUAGUCCUCAUCUCGCUCCUCGUUGCUUAUUUCCUGCCAAACGUCCAGGAGCCCAGCGUGGCCCCGCCCCAAUCCCCGUCCCUCCAGUUAGUCGCCCUCAAGACCCCGGUCGACGACAUCUCGGUACCUCUCUUAACGGACGAGGACAGUAUCGGUAUCGAGCCAUCGGCAGUGGACCCUCUAAAUCCUUGAGGAUACCAGAUUGUGCUAGUACAUCAUCACAAA